AUGGAUGUGUCUUCGUACCCUAAGUCCGACAACAUCAGCAACAGUUCAGUUGGGUUUGGCCAGACAACAUGGGUGGACACUAAUGUAUGCCCUCCCUCUGUGAGUGGCAUGACCCUUCUGAUAGUGGCUUAUAGCACCGUCAUAGCUAUUGGCUUGGUGGGCAACACCUGUUUGGUCUUCAUAAUAUCCAGACAGAAGGAGAUGAGGAACGUCACCAACAUCCUCAUCGCCAACCUCUCCUGCUCGGAUAUCCUCAUGUGUGUGGUGUGUCUUCCUGUCACGGUCAUCUACACGUUGAUGGACCGCUGGAUCUUGGGUGAGACGUUGUGUAAGGUCACGCCGUUUGUGCAAUGCAUGUCUGUGACCGUUUCCAUCUUCUCAUUGGUUCUCAUCGCGUUGGAGCGCCAUCAACUGAUCAUCCACCCAACUGGAUGGACCCCGGCUGCUGGGCAUUCGUAUCUGGCCGUUGCAGUUACUUGGAUUGUGGCCUGCUUCAUUUCCCUACCCUUCCUCUCCUUUAACAUCCUUACCAACGCACCAUUCCAAAACCUCAGCCUGCCCUUCAACCCGUUCAGUGACCACGUCAUCUGCAUGGAGCUCUGGCCUUCUGAACAUAACCGAUUGGCCUACACCACCUCACUUUUGCUUUUCCAAUACUGCCUACCCCUGAUCCUCAUUCUGCUCUGCUACCUUCGCAUAUUUCUGCGUCUGCGCAGACGGCGAGACAUGGUGGAACAAGCCACUGAAGCGCGACAAAGGAAAGCGCGGGGUGCUCAACGCAUCAACGCCAUGUUAGCCGUGAUUGUGGUCGCUUUUGCGCUGUGCUGGCUGCCGCUAAAUGUCUUCAACACCAUUUUUGACUGGUACCACCAAGCCCUUCCUUCUUGCCAGCAUGAUGUCAUAUUCUCUGCCUGCCACCUGACGGCUAUGGCCUCCACCUGCGUCAACCCUGUUGUGUACGGCUUUCUCAAUACCAACUUCCAAAAAGAACUGAAAGCGACGCUUCAACGCUGCCACUGUGGCUGGGGGGUACCAGAGACAUAUGAGAGCUUCCCGCUCUCAACGGUGGCCACCGAUGUCACCAAGGUUUCCUCCAUACAACACAGCUCCUUGAUCAGAUCGGAACAGUGCGCUCCUUGCUAACAAGAAAUGGAAGGAAAGGAGAAUAGAAUGAGAGUUUGGAGGGGAGGGUUUGAGAAUGAGCUGGCACUGUUUCCAUGGAGAUGUGGAAUCGCUAUGUGGGUUUCUGCAUCAGUUCAUAUCCAUGAGAUCUAAAAACAACCUCUAUCCACUGUUGCAGUGUUCCAGAGUUCAAGUCAAGUCGUGUUUCUACAAGAACACAGUGCAAUGUUAUGUUUAUGACAACUCCGGAAGUAUGUAGGAUAGUCGGGCAUCUUGAAGUACAACUAACGGAUGAAUAUGUCAUUGAGAAUGUGAUUAUUCCUCUGACAAUGCUUUUGCAUUAUGGAACAAGUUAUUUAUGAGACUUAAUCGUCAUUGCGCAAAAUUAUGUCUCUUAUGACAGCUCCAAAUGUUUAAAAACAAUAAAUGGAUCCAGCGCUGCUAUCAAGCAGGAAGUUGUCAUAAUGAAGUACAUUUCAGGUGCAAUUUAAGAUCUUUAUUAAAAUCACUGUAGCAGUCAUGUUCACUACCUUCAAGUAUAUUUUCAGUUCAUGUCUGAUACUGUUUUUUUGUUGUUGCUGUUUAACUAAUUGUAACUAUUACAGUUAGUGUGUUGCUUUGGUGGGACGGCUUAAGCUGCAUUUUAACUUUUAAUUGUGCCUCUGUAAUUUUGGAAAACAUAUUUGACGUUUGAGCAUUGGUGUUAACUUGGCAACAUCCAUCUUCUAUAGAGCACAACCAUUCAUUUUUUCCAUAUGUUUCAUAAAAUACUUCAAAAAAGCAUUCUAAGCCAUGAACGAAACCAUCCAGCUCCGAGGUGAAUCACAAGGUUAUAAGCUUCAAGUUGAAGCCAAAAAGUGUUUAUAAAUCGGACAAAAAGACGGUCAUGGUCGCUGCAGAGCUCUUUUGCUGUGACUCUCUGUUUAGUGGAUCUUUCUCUUUAGGAUUCACGGGUAGUGUAGUUCUUCACCAGUAAUUACGCUAUUAAUGCUGCCAUUAUAAACAAUCGUAAUGAUCCUAUUUCCCACUUCUAAAGUGGUAAUUACGAGUGUUGCGUUCAAGUGCUAUGACUGAACAUGGCGAUGCCAGGUUCAGUGAUACCUAUUUUUUGAGGGAUUUUUAUUUUGACACCAUAAUAAAUAUUCAUCAGUGUAUUUGGAAUGUGACAUGUAUUUACAAUAAUUCCGAUAGCAAGUGAAGGCAGCAUAAAUAUUAUUAUUUUUUUAUAAAGUUGAAAUAACGGAUGAACUGAUGGCUUUAACAGAAGCAUACACCUUCGAUUAACAAUACUGGAGCUCACUGUAAGUCAUCUUUAAAGGUUUAUAUAAGUUAUUGAUAAAAAUCAAUUAGUCUAUGGAGAAAAUGAAUGAGAUUUUUACUGUUGGAACCAGACUAUUGUGAUAGAAACAUGACUGUGCCAAUCUUAGUUUGGUUUAAAAUAUUGUUUUUAUAAUAUCUUUUAUGAUGACUGAUAAAACAAAGUUCAACUUCGAAUUGGUUCUAUUUGGUGUUUACGGUAUUGUUGCCUUAUAAAUGGUAGUUUCGAAAGUGCAAAUAAAUUUGGAAACAUGACAUCCAUGCACCAUUCUGUCACUUGUGGUUUCUUUGUGAUGUUUCUUUGUGAUUUGCAUAUACAACAGGUGUCUUUAAUCCCAAUGUAUGAGCCACUAUGUGCACAUUUAAU